GUAAUAGGAACCCCUGUAGGUUCAUGCACAGAGAAUUGCCACCUCUUUUGUAAUAACUGAAUGUCAGACAAAUGUGAUAAAGGAGAUGGAUGCCAGUUCUUGCAUUCAUGGUUUUAUGGGGAUUGGUUUUCGACAUUUGCAAAGCUCAAGGGGCACAUACAGGCUGUCUCUGGGAUUGCUCUUCCAUCAAAAUCCGACAAGCUUUUCUCGGGUAGUAGUGAUGGAGCAGUACAUGUUUGGGACUACAAUACUGGUCAAUCAACAAGCGUGAUAAAUCUUGAUGUCAAAAUGAGGACUUUAAUCAGUGAAGGCCCCUGGAUAUUUGUAGGCUUGCCAAAUAUUGUUAAGGUUAGUUUACAUCUGACUUGUAGUGCUUCAUCUAGCUUGGUUAGUUUCUGCUUAUGAGCUUAUGGCCAUUUUGUGUGUGAUCUUUCAGGAAUAGAACAUUGAGACAGCUGCUGAAUUUAAUCUCGAUGGGCCAGUUGGGCAAGUUAAUGUUAUACCUAUAGCUGAUGUUAUUGAUAUGCUUUUUGCGAGGGCACAGGUAAUUGCAUCUAUAAUUUUUUAAGUUGUUGACUUGUUUACCAGUGGAUAUAAUAAGCUUCUAAUUAUUGAUGCCCGAUUUUGUGGAAAUUUUGAGAUGAUGCAUUAGGCUUUUGCCACAUUAUUAUUGUUUAUUGUUCUUAAAUUUAAGGGUGAGGUACUGAUGUAGCGUAAGUUUUUUGUGUGCUCAUACCUAUGAU